CCGAAAAAUAAAUUUUAGUCAGCGAUAUCGUGGUGUUUCUGUUUUCCUUUAUUUUUUGAUUUAUCGGCUAAUGUUUGUUAUUCAUCGCAGUAAACGGUAUUCAUCUUGCAAAAUGAUCGAAUUUCGAAUAAUUCGGACGUUUAAUUUAUCAGAAUCAUAUAGAACUAUGUGAGACAAUUUGUCAUUUGUUGAUGAAUAAUUAUGACGAGUGUUUCCAGAAAAAUACAUUCACGUCGACGUUUAGCUGCUCUAACUUUUCUGUCAAAUAUUUCUUUGGAUGGUACUCAUCGAGACACAAAUCUAGGUGACUUAACAUUUAAUUUGAAAUGUACGAAAUCGAUUAAUUCUUAUCCAUCUAAAAGAGAAGAGUCUCAAGAUCAGAAAGAUGUUGAAUUCCACAAGUGUGUUAACAAUGAAUCUAUAGUUAAGAAUGACGAAAUCAAAGAAACUUGUGUAAAUAUUUCAGAAACUGGGAUUAAAAAAUUAAAAAGAAGGAAUUCAGAAUACAAAGAUCAAGAAAGCUUCGACCGAUUUUGUGAUCAGUUACAAAACAGAAAUAAAGACAGGGUACAUAAAUUUGUUAGUGAUGCUAAAGCUCGAAUAUGUAAUUUAAGCCAAAAAAGGAGAUUGUCCCAUCAAAAAUCAAUAGAAUCUUGUGGGUUACCUUCUGGAAACAGUACCGAAAGUCUAGUUCCUGGAAUUUGUCGAAGUAGAAAAGCAUCUCUCUGUCCAUCUGAAGUUACUUUUUCUACUACAGUUGAAGUGAAAUUUGUCAAAAAUAUAAAAGAAUGCAGAAAUGAUGCUGAAAGGCUGGUUUUAGUUAAUGAAAAGAAGUCACCAUUUGUUCUUUUUUCUGUCAUACCUUUCAAUAAAUUCCAGUGUACAUCCAAAUUUGAAUCAAAGCUAGAGGGGAGCCGCAGACGACAUGCAUCUAGUAUGAGACAGUUGGCUAUAAUUAAUGAUGGACCUAAUCCAUUUGAUCUGCUGUCAAUGCUAGGUGUAGAAAAACCGCAAGAAGGCCAAGAUAUCUCGUAUGGCGAACUUUUAAUCCCUUCCAACACUCUUAAGAAAAGAUGCCUUGAAUGUUUAUCAGAAAGCGACUGUUCCUUCAGAUUUCCAUAUCAAAUACAUUCUGCUGGUUGUUCUAUUGAUAUGUCAAGACUUAAUGCCAAACUAGGAACUCAACCGAAAACAUUGGACAAGUGUGUUGAAAAGGAAGAUUUUGUAUUCAGCCAUCCAUGGCAAACGUGCUGUGCAACAUACCACCCGAAUUUGUUAGAUGAUCCAGAACUUAUUGCUGGAAAACAUAGUACUUUAUUAGUCUUCCCUUCUUAUGUAACAUCUGUCAUUGAUUAUGUAAAGCCAUCUGAUUUAAAAAAAGAUCUGAAUGACAAAUUUCGAGAGCGAUUUCCUCAUGUGAAGUUAACGCUCAGCAAAUUAAGAAGCCUUAAACGUGAAAUGUAUAAGAUUGCAAGGCAUGAGUGCAAUAUGGAUUUAUUAGUGAUUGCUCAAGCAUUUGUGUAUUUUGAGAAACUUAUUUUAAAGAUUCUUGUCAAUAAACAUAACAGAAAACAUUGUGCUGGAGCUUGUCUUUUACUUUCUGCGAAGCUAAAUGAUGUGCGUGGUUUAGAUUUGGCCUUAUUGCUUGAGAAGAUAGAAUCUGUUUUUCGUAUCAACCGCAAAGAUUUGAUGUGCAUAGAGUUUGGUGUUUUAGUGGCUCUUGAAUUUUCAUUACUGCUCAAUACAUCGGAAAUUCUACCUCACUACCAAAGGCUUGUAUAUGAAUCCUAAAUUACAAUUAUACUUCAAUUUUUUUAAGUGUACUUAAAAUGUACUUUACAAAAAUUUAUCAUACUCAAUCAUUUACAAAUAAAAAUCUCAUUAGUGUACUUAUAAAAAACUGUGUAAAAAAUUUAAGAUGCUGACCAAAGCAUUUGUUAUAUAAUCUGUGAUAUAAAAUAUACAUUUGUUAUGAAUUAAGAAAUAUUUAUCUUGCUACUUAUUUUAUUUAAUUUUGGUAUUUCUUCUUGAACUUCAUUUUGGGCUAUGAGAUAGGACUUAAAAGUUUUAUAAUGGAGAAAUACUUUUUUAUUUUAACCCAAGGGUUAAUACAUUAAUUUUCUAUACAUAUAUUUAAAAAUUAUUAUUGUAUCAAAACUUUUAAUGCUGUGAUUGUUGGUAACAAAAAAAUCAAAUUUGUGGUCAGAAAGAUAUUUCUUAAAAUCAGUAUAAAAUAUAAUCAGUCCCUUUUUCAUAACUGCAACAGUUUAAUUCUGCUAUUUAGUUUUAAUACUCAAUGUAGCAAUAGCCACUUUAAGCAAAUAUUUCUUUAAUAAGUAAUUACUUGUUCCAAAUUAAAUAUAAUUUAGAAACUAAAUUUUUCAUCACUAAUUCUUCAGGAUGAAAUUCAAAUGUUAUAAUAAAUUGAAUAUUUGUUUUAAGAAGAUAAUAUAAUGUCUUCUUAUGUAUGUGUAAGCAAUUCUUGUUGAAUCUAUAUAAAUACUCCACUUAGAUAUAUUUAAUGUUGUUACAUUUUGUGUGUGUCUAUCUGUCUUGCUUUCUAAUUUUAGAGAGCAGUUGCAACACUUUUAUUAGUAUUCAGUUUGCUUCAUAAAAAGAUAUGAAGCAUUUUAUUUGCAAACAAAUAAAUAAAAAUGGUCAUGCUACUGCAAAUUUAUUUGAAAAUUGAUUUAAAAUCAAAAAGCUGCAAUAAAAAAGUAAAAGAAAUUUUAGGUUUGUACAAGGCACAAUAUUAUUUGUUAAUUGAUUUGUUUCUUGUGAUAAUAUUUUUUCAUGUUGUUGUGUUAAAUCUUAAGUAUAUUUAUGUUUUUGUAAGAAGAUAUAUUAAUUUAUUUUGUUGAUAUAUUUUGCAACAAGUCAAUAACAUGUUAUUUAACUAGUCAUAUAAUAUACUUGUAAAUAAUCAGUGUUAUAAAUUUAUGCAAAUUAUAUUUAUCUUGCAUCUAUUAUACAGAAUUGAAGAUUUUCUAAACAAAACCUCUUUGAAUUGUAUAGAAACAUAGCAUUUGGGUGAGUAUGUCUCAUAAAUACAGAGAUUAUACAUUUCUUUAGAUAUGCUAUAAAGCAUUAUAUAUUGUUUCACUUGUGAAAAAAAAUAUGUCACAUCAAAAAAUUGUUUUAAAGUCAAUUAUUUUAUUUCAAUUUGAUUACAGCCUUAUCUACGAAAUGUGUUAAUUAUUAAAUCAGUAGGGACAGUAUUAAUUUUGAUGUGAUUCUUCUUGUAUUGCCAAAGGAGCUGUUUAUUUAUUUUUGAGAUAGUAUUACAAAUAUAUUUGCAUAUAAAUAAUUCCUUGUCUUAAAUGUAAUAAAAAAUUUUUUUUUUCAGAGA